AAUGGCUCAGGACACUACAGUGCCCAAACUGAACUUUGAGUAUUGGUUGGAUAAAGCUAUUGAAUGGGGUCAAGCCACUACUUUGGAAUCCCAGAAAGAUGUGUGCCUUCACUUGCCCCAACUCCAGGAAUUUCUACAUCAGCUUUAUGAAACAAUAAAACAUUUGCAGGGUCCCACUGUAGCAAUCCAGCAGUUCCCUUUAAUUGGACAGCUUCUAGGAAGGCUCUGUUGGAAUCCUUUUGUUAUAGGAUAUGAUGAAAGCCAGAAGACUCUGAUGUGGUGCUUAUGCUGUCUGUACAGCAGUGAACCACAGAAUGCUGUGGAACUGAAGGCCAACAGCUGGAUACGGAGUUUGCUGUGCCAUCUCCUUUCUUCCUCUAAGUGGGAAAGUAAUGAAGCGGAAACUAGUACAUUCAUAUCAGCUCUGGGCUACACGUCAGCAGAUUAUUAUAAUUACUUGGUUAAAAAUAUGGUUGUUUCAUUAGUAACAGAACUCAGAGAAAACCAGUUCAAUGGACUUAACAUUCAGGAGAGCAUUUCAGCCAGUCGUGUGAAUGCUGUUUCCAUUUUCUGUGUGCCUCUCAUUACUUUGCCUGAUCUAACUCCAUUGCUGGAAACUCUCCUUCUUUACCAUGGAGGGUCAUCAAAAGAAAUUCUCAGUUCAGAGUUUCUAGAGGCUGUGAAUGAGGCCUUUUUAAAGAAGAAGAUCUCCCUUCCUGAAUCAGCUGUCUUCAGCCUUUGGCUUCGUCACUUACCAAGCCUUGAAAAAGCUACCUUACAUCUUUUAGACCAGUUGUUUUCCAUUCAGUUGAAUUCACUGGAAGAAGUGGCUCGUGUCAUAAAAGACUCAUUGCUGCCGCAAGCAGCAAGCCAUCCUGCUAUUUUCAGAAUUGUAAAUGAAAUUUUCAAGAAUGUGCUGAUGGAAACUGAUGGAACUUCAGAAGUUAUGACAGUAAUACAGGUGUUUACACAGCUCUUCCUUCAGGCUCAUCAGAAUGAAAACAAACAGCAUAAAUUUCCACUGAAGGCCUACUUCCCAUAUCAUCACCAGCCUCUUGUUAGAGGUUUAGUCAGACGUCCUUUUGAACUCCCAACUACAUAUUGGUCUCAACAUGUGAAACACAUUUCGGAUAUGCUCAAAGCAUUAGUAGAAGAUACAAAUGCUAGUUCUCUCACUGACCUCUUUGAAAUCUGGUUUUUGGUUGCUUGUUUUGGAGAAUGGCUGGAUAUUGCAGCAGAACAAUUACUGAAGGCUGCUGUAGAACCAGAUCCUGUGCUGUGGCUGCUAGCAUUUUACUACUGUCCUAAAAAUGAAAAUCAACAAAGGACUCAAACAGUGGUAGAAGCUCAAGCAGUCUACAAUCAUCUAAUGAUGCUGUUCAACUGUGCAGACCUUUCUCUGAAAGACCUGGAGGCUGCUGUACACAGGGUAACGGGCAUAGAGCAGCGAUUCACAACACAUCUUCUGACCAACUUCUUGCUCUUUUCAGCUGGUGGACAUAAGAUUGCCCAGGAAUGUAUUUACCAUAUUACUGAGAUAACUGAUACAAGCAAAGAAGUUUAUAACCUUCUUAUCCGUACUGCAUACAGAUUUAACCAUAGUGGAGAAGAAAACCAAAGGACUGUGGAGCUGCUGAAUGAACUUCUUCAAAAACUUACAUUGAAAAUUUAGAAUUUUAAUGUGAUCUAUUUAUCAAACCAGCAAAUUAGGUCUUUACCCAGGUGUCAGACUUCCAUUAGCAUCUGGCACUGCAGGUUACCAAUGGCAGAAAGACACCUAUAUAAGCUAUAUCUGCUUAUUUAUAUUCCCUCAUCUAUACUGAAAAAUAAUCUGUUGUUUGGAAUUGUUAAUCUUUUGAAACAUAGUUGUAAAUAUUAAAGAUGCUUGAAAAUUU